AUGGCACCUCCGUGGGUGAAGAAGCUCACACCUUCUGGCCCUCAGGGUUCAGAGCUCCUCGAGCAGGAGCGAGCUCAGUCCAAUGUCCCCGUGAAGAAAUUAUCGGAAUUCCUGUUUUCUAAAGAAGUGCUCGCAAGGCAGGAAAGAGUUUUGGAUAUUCUCAAGACGGAGAAAGUGUUCAACAAGUCCCUAAAUUACUUCGAUGGCAGAGAGGCAAGAUUCCAAACUGCUCUUGCUCGAGCGAAGCGGAUGCGCCAACUUGCUGUUCAGCACCGCUGGUCUCAGGACGAGUACAUGAUGGCAUCAGAAUUGAUCAGCGAGCCAGGUCCAUAUGGUUUGCAUGCCAGCAUGUUCCUGGUUCGUCUACACCCUUACGUUUUGUUGUAUUACCAUCGUAUCCUAAUUAUUUCCACAAGAUCACGCUUCGAGACCAAGGAACUCCUGAACAGCAUGAGUUAUUCCUCAAAAGGGCCGAGGAAUAUGAAUUCAUCGGAUGCUAUGCACAGACCGAAUUGGGUCAUGGUUCAAAUGUGCGAGGCUUGGAGACCACUGCAACCUGGAAUUCUGACGACAAAACCUUUACCCUACAUUCGCCUCACCUGA